GUUAUAGGAAGACGGGGACAAGGGGCUUAAAAGUCAUUCAGCCUAUAAUUUAAUUAGAUAUACGAAACUCGGCUGGGUCUCCCAUAUCGAAAACAAAAAAGCAGAGCGUAUCAAUCUACAAUGGAAGCCUGCCGGAGAUUGAUUCUACAACUCUGCAUCCUCCUCUCUCUUCUCUCUUUAUCCUUAGGGAAGAGUGAAAGCUAUACGAUUAAUGGUAGAGUUAAGAUUCCUGGAGCUGCUGCAAAAGGAUUUGGUCUGCCCGUAAAAGUAUCAAAUGCGAAAGUUAUAUUAAAUGGUGGCCAACAAGUUACCUUUCUUAAGCCUGAUGGAUAUUUUUCAUUCCAUAACGUACCAGCAGGGACUCAUCUAAUUGAAGUGGCUGCUGUUGGUUAUUUCUUUUCUCCGGUUCGUGUUGAUGUAAGUGCCAGAAAUCCUGGUAAAGUUCAGGCAGCGCUGACAGAGAACAGAAGGGGUUUAAGCGAGCUGGUAUUAGAGCCUUUAAGAGAGGAGCAGUAUUAUGAGAUAAGGGAACCCUUCAAUGUAAUGUCUCUAGUUAAAAGUCCAAUGGGUCUCAUGGUUGGUUUCAUGCUAAUUGUGAUGUUCCUGAUGCCCAAACUUGUGGAGAACAUGGAUCCUGAAGAAAUAAAACGUGCUCAAGAGGAGAUGAGGAGCCAAGGAGUUCCCUCUAUUGCUAACUUAUUGCCUGGAGCUGCAAGGAACAAUUAAACUCUAGAAAUGACAGCAUAAAAGCCUUUCAUUCUGCUCACUUGUUUACAGGGAAAAAUUGAAACAAUUUUCGGAAAUGAUUUGCAUCUUGAUUUAAACAUUUGGAUAUGGGAUCAUGAGAUUUGUUGUAUAAGGAGGUUAGAUAUACAAAUUAAUAGAAUUGGAGAAAGUAGUGAACUAUUUUAUUAAGUUGUUAAGAUUUUGCUAGACAUAACUAUGUUUAUUAAAGGAAUUUUGCCACUGCUGCAUUAGAGUUAUGCAUCUUUUUAUAUAACUUUCUGUUUGCAUA